AUGGCGAAAGUACUAAAAUUGCUGUCACUAUAUUCUCUUGCUAACUUAAUACUUGUAAUAACCAAUGCUCUUCUUGCCAACUCCAAUGGUUUCACAUUACAACUAAUCCAUCCACACUCCCCAAAAUCUCCGUUUUUCCAGAGUUUCAAUCUUUCCUCCGAAGAAAGAAUCAAAAAUUGCGUAUCCCAAUCCAACACAUGCUUUAACAACUACCUCGCAAAAACAUCAUCAUCAAUCAUGAGAACCAAAAUCGAUGUUCAAAAGUUUCAUUACAUAGUCAAAAUCGGGAUCGGAACAUUCAAAUCGAAACCACCAUACAAAGAGUACUACCUAGAAAUGGACACAGGGAGCAGCCUAGUAUGGAUCCAAUGUGAAGGCUGCACAAAAUGCUUUAAGCAAACACCAAGUCCAUUUCCCAAACAAAACUCCUCUUCUUUUCACCCCCUUCUCGUAAAUAAUGUGCCAAAACAGUACGAAUACGAAUACGCAGAUGGAGCCAGCACUCACGGGAUCAUCGCCAAAGAAACAUUCUAUUUCAAAUCAAACAAUGGCAAAUCGGAAAAAAUCGAAAACUUAAGAUUCGGGUGUGGUUUGCUCAAUGUCAUUCAAUACGAUAAUUGUAGAAACAACAAGGUUGCUGGAAUAUUGGGACUUGGGACAGAGGAUUUAUCAUUUGCGAAACAAUUAAGCCCACGAAUCAAAGGCAGAUUUUCAUACUGUUUGCCACUUCUGUCAACUAAAACACCACACACAUAUCUAAGAUUUGGCGAUGAUAUAACUUAUCCAAAGAACUACAAAAGUACACCAUUGCACACGAGAAACGGAAGCAGCACUUACUAUCUUGAACUACAGGGCAUUAGCAUCAACAGAAACAGGCUUAAAAUCAACCCAAAAGUGUUUGACUUCAAGAACAACAACGGCACAUUGGGCGGCUGCAUAAUCGAUUCCGGCACACCGUAUUCAAGAAUCAUUGCACCUGCUUUCGACGUACUGAUAUUUGAGCUCGAAAAGUACUUUAUGAAAUUUAAAGAUUUGAAGAAAAUGAGCGGCGAUUUAGGGCUGGAAUUGUGCUACCAGAGGAUGAAUAAUCCAGAAGGGUUUAAUAAGCUGCCUUCUGUUACUUUCCAUUUUCGAGGGUCACAAUCAGGGUUUGUUAUGAAGGCGGAGGCGGUGUUUGAGGUUGUGGAGCGGUUUCGCCCUUUGAGGUUUCGUGAGUACUUUUGUUUGGCGAUGGUUCGGAGUGAUACGAUGUCCAUUGUCGGGUCGCAUCAGCAAACGAAUCAGAGGAUAAUCCAUGAUGUCAAGAAUAAAAGGUUGGUUUUCUAUCCAGAAGAUUGCUCUAAGAAUUCUUGA